CCGCUAUCGCCUCCUCCCCCGCUCAAAACACAGCCGAUACCGAUACAAAACGAAACUCCCGCGAAAGAGUCAUCUUCGCUAUCCUCAUUAUCCUCGCUAUCCGACCCGUCCGAUCUCUCCUCCCUCGCGCCAUCCGUGUCGAGCAAGGCUACCACCCCUGUCGACGGCGACAGUUCAAGGGAGGCACCAGCACCGGCAGCCGGCAUUGCCCGUCUCAGUCAGCCAACGAACUCGCCGAGGCGGAAAUGGGAUGUGCGACCGAAGGUCUCUAUCCCUCCCAAUCUUCCUCUCCCCGAGUAUGCGAUGCAGUGCGUCGCAGCGGCUGAAGCAUCAAGACUCAACCCCUAUUCUCUCCACCAAGAAGAGUACCUGCUGCUGCGAGAUCACAUCAGCCACGCCCAGGUGACGACAUACCUCAACAUCAGAAAUGGCAUUUUGAGGCUAUGGGUCCGAAACCCACAAAUCCCUGUCACCCGAGAGGAGGCUGUCGGAUGUGCAAAGGAUCCUAGGUGGUUUGACGUUGCGAGCGUUUGUUUUGACUGGCUUGUUCGAGGGGGUUACAUCAAUUUUGGCUGUGUCGAGGUCCGGUCUUUGCGCAGACACAACAAGCAAACCGAUUCUCCCCAGGGCAAACGGAAAACUGUUGUUGUCGUAGGUGCAGGCAUGGCUGGUCUUGGUUGCGCAAGACAGCUCGAGGGGCUGUUCAUGCAGUAUGCAAAAAAGUUCCGCAGCAUGGGCGAGGAGCCGCCUCGAGUGGUUGUUCUCGAAGGCAGGGACCGCAUCGGCGGCAGAGUCUACUCUCGAUCGUUCAAAUCACGUCCAAAACACAUGCCGGCCCAAUUCGAGGGCAAGCGAUACACCGCUGAGAUGGGAGGGAUGAUCAUCACUGGGUUUGAGAGGGGUAAUCCGUUGAACAUCCUUCUCAGGGGCCAGCUCGGCCUCGCGUACCACCUCUUGAGGCCGGAAACCACACUUUACGAUGCCAACGGCAAGCCAGUAGAUCUGCAUCGAGACCAGCUAGUGGAAAAUCUCUUCAACGACUGCCUCGAUCGAGUCAGCGAGUACAAGUUCAAGCAGCCCACAUCAAAACUGAUUGAGGGCAACAGGGAUUUGAUGGAUGAGGGCAAGGACAGCUCAGCAGAAACACACAAGACGAUACGGCAUGCUGAAGAAUCCGCCGCCGCCCAGCCGUAUGCGCCAUCCGUCGCGGAGCAAAAUAUCGCGCCACAGGUGAACCUAGUGCCGGUGUCAACUGACCGAGCUACCGGAAAGAUCCAUACUGAACCCGGAACGCCGGGAGCCCUCAAGGCGGCCCACAAGGCCAAAAUGAUAGGUUGGGCGCUGAGGCACGGCGUCAGCGACGAUGCGGACCUGGACAUUGAGUCGGCGACCAGAGAACCCGGUGCGACCCUAGGAAGCGUAACCGACAAGGUGAUUGCUCAGUACAAGGACCUCUUGGAUCUUACCGCCCAGGACUUCAGGCUCAUGAAUUGGCACAUUGCCAAUCUGGAGUACAGCAAUGCUACCAACUAUCACCAGCUAAGCUUGCAAGGGUGGGACAUCGACGCCGGGAAUGAGUGGGAGGGCAGCCACUCCAUGGUUGUCGGAGGGUAUCAGAGCGUUCCGAGGGGCCUCACGCACCUGCCCACGCCUCUGGACGUCAGACAAAAGUCGCCAGUCAACAAAAUCACAUACACGUCUGGUACUCAAACCGGUCCAGCGACAGUGACGUGCGAAGACGGCUCCACCAUAGAAGCCGAUUAUGUGGUGACCACAAUACCACUCGGCGUCCUGAAGCAUGGAAAUAUAGCGUUUGAGCCGCCGCUGCCGUCUUGGAAGUCGGACGCCAUCGAACGUCUGGGCUUUGGGGUCUUGAACAAGGUCAUCCUGGUAUAUAAGGAGCCGUUUUGGGACGAGGACCGCGACAUUUUUGGAGUGUUGAGAAACCCAACCAACCGGCACAGUCUGGAUCAAAAAGACUAUGCCUCUCAGCGGGGACGAUUCUUCCAGUGGUUCAACGUCACAAGGACCAGCGGCUUGCCGGUCCUCAUCGCCCUCAUGGCCGGCGAUGCCGGGUUUGACACCGAGCAGACGUGCAAUGACGAUCUCGUUGCCGAGGCCACCGACAUCCUCCGCAGCGUGUACGGGUCCCGGGUCCCCCACCCCAUCGAAGCGGUCGUCACACGCUGGGCGUCGGACAAGUUCGCCCGCGGCAGCUAUUCGUCCGCAGGCCCAAACAUGAAAGCCGACGAUUACGACACCAUGGCCCGCCCCAUUGGCAACCUCUUCUUCGCAGGCGAGCACACCUGCGGCACGCACCCGGCCACCGUCCACGGUGCCUACCUCUCCGGCCUGCGUGCCGCCUCCGAAGUGCUCGGCGCAAUGCUCGGCCCCAUUCCCGUUCCGACUCCGCUCGUCCUUCCCAAAGAUGCCUCCUCCCUCAUCGGCAAGCGCAAAGCCAGCUCGCUCCUAGAUGGCAACAACGCCAACGCCACCAACAACCCCACGGCAACCACACCCAAGCACACCGCCCAAUCCCGCCUCGAAGCCUACGAAACCCGCCUUUGGGACCACGUCAUCUCCAAGCUCGGCCCGCGGCCCCUGCCGCCGCAGAAACCGGCCACUAAUGCCUACAUCUUCUACAGCAAGGCGCACUACGACGACGCGCGCAAGCGCCUUGAGGCCGGGCGCCGGCCCAGCAAGGGGGGCAAGCCCUCGGCCAACGAGGUGCGCGUCAUGAGCGCGCGCAUGUGGCGCGACGCGUCCGAGGAGGAGAGGAGGCCGUAUGUGGACAUGGCCGAGGAGCAGAAAAGGGCGUAUGGGAAGGCGAUGGAGUCGUGGAGGGCGGAGGUGGAGGGGUGGGAUCGAAAGGCGGGUAAGGUGAGGGAGGAGUUUGAGAGGGAGAAUCCCUUUGAUAGUGAGGGAGCGGGGAGUGGUUCGGAUGGUGAUUGUGGUGGUGGUGGCGGGGAAGAAGCGGAGGUGGAUGGGGCGAGGAGGAGUCGGAUGAAGUUGGAGAGUUAUGCUGAGGUUGAGAGCGAGGUUGAUGAGGAAAAGGGAGAGGAAGAAGAGCGGGGAGGUGGGGAGACGAUGGAUGUGGAUGUGGAUGAGGAGGAUGGGAAAGUCGAAGGGGGAGGGGAUGAGAUGGAGGAGUGA